AGCCUUUUUGACUCAAGGGCCACCCCUCUCUCUGCCCGAGCGCGGCCCCCGCAGAGUGCACAGACCGGCGGGCCAGCCUCAGGCCAGAAUUCAGGAUGUUCUUCGGCGGGUUCCCAGGGAUGGACGGGCCAGGUGGCAAGGGCGGAGGUCGUGGCAGCAGCAAGCCUGCCGACACCACCAAGUUCUACAAGCUUCUGGAGGUGGACAAGAACGCGAGCGACGCCGAGAUCAAGAAGGCGUACAGGAAGCUAGCCGUAAAGCACCACCCCGACAAGGGCGGCGAUCCCGAGACUUUCAAGGAGGUCACUCGGGCGUACGAGGUCCUGAGCGAUCCCGAGAAGCGGGCCAAGUACGACAAGUUCGGCGAGGAGGGCCUGGAGGGUGGCGGCGGCGGGGGCGAUCCGUCGGACAUCUUCGAUGCCUUCUUCGGCGGCGGCGGCCGGCGCGGCGGGGGCGGCGGCAAGAGGCGCCAGAAGACGAAGGACGUCGUGCAGCCUCUGAAGGUCACCCUGGACCAGCUCUACACGGGGACCACGAAGAAGAUGGCCAUCACGAGGGCGGUGAUCGACAAGAAGAAGGGGGUCACGGAGUGCCGCGCCUGCGACGGCCGCGGCGUGAAGGUCGAGGUCGUGCGCAUGGGGCCCAUGAUCCAGCAGAUGCAGUCGACCUGCGGGGCGUGCGGCGGGCAGGGGCGCUCCUUCAGCACCGUCAAGGAGAGGCAGGUGCUGGAGGUGGUGGUCCAGAAGGGCUCGACGGAUGGUCACAAGAUCCCCUUUCGAGAGAUGGCAGACGAGCACCCAGAGGCGGACACCGGCGACGUCGUCUUCGUCUUGCAGCAGCAGGAGCACCCUGUCUUCAAGCGCAAGGGCGCCGAUUUGUUCGUGGAGAAGAAGAUAUCGCUCGUGGAGGCGCUCUGCGGCUUCAGCCUCGACAUCACGCACCUCGACGGCCGGAAGCUGCUCGUCAAGACCGCCCCAGGCGAGAUCGUGAAGCCCAUGGACGCCAGCUUCGAUCCGCUGGCCGAAGGGGAGUCCAAGACGGAGUGGGAGGUCUUUGAGGAUAGCGACUGCCCUGGCCUCGACAACGUGGCCCAGGGCGACACCACCGACGUCGAUACUCUGAAGAAGGCUGUCGAGACGCAGCUCAAGAGGAAGGGCAUCGACGUCGGCGUCUUCGUGGUGGAUGGCCAGCGUGCGUACUUCAAGCAGGCCUCCCGGGAGGAGGCGCUGGCCGCGAAGAAGCCUCGCAAGGGCCACACCAUGUACGUCGUGUCGGACCCGGACGCCAGGAAGUCCUUCCGCAUGAUGAAGGCUGUCAAGGGCGAGGGCAUGCCCACGUUCAGGAACCCUUUCGUGUGCGGCAACCUUUUCCUCAUCCUCACGAUCGAGUUCCCGGAGUCACUCUCGGUCAGCACGCAGGAGUCGAUCCGUUCGUUGCUACCAGCGCCGCUCAACAAGCCCGCCUUCAAGGAGAGCGACACGGACGUAGAGGUUCACACCAUAGUCGACAUCGACCCCGUCGCAUCGUUCAACGAGAACAAGGUCAACAUGACAGGCGGCGGCGAGGCCUACGACGACGACGGCGAUGGCGAGGGGCACGGCCCUCGCGGCCCCGGCGGGCAGCAAGUCCAGUGCCAGCAGCAGUGAGGGAGCGGCGCGUGCCGUCUCCUCGUUUUCCGUCCAUACUCCUCCAGAGAACCUUCCACCCCCGACUCAGAGGCCAUCAGCCUAUGUGCACGUACGCAGCCGGCUUUAGCUGGCCUGCGUAUGAACACGACCAUUCGUGCUUUGCGGAACCGGAGAGAGAGCGAGCGUGCAGGUAUGUGUGUGUGUGUGUCGUUGCUCGCCCGCCCGACCCAAACCUCAAGAUGCAGCGAGUGGCGCCCCCCAUGCGGAGCCACAGAGUGCGUCGUGCGUGUUUGCAUGGUUUUGACCCCGCUUGCCCCGAUACGCCCGUGCUGAGACGCAGCACGUGCCGUGUUCAACGCGUCCGUGUUGACACGCUGCGUGUUGGCUCGGCACGAGUUGGCCCGCGUUCUCGCGAACGUGUCGCGCCAGACCUGCUCAUUCAUUCUGCGUGCGGGCUCGGCCUCGCGCUCCCGCGGCUGCGCCGCGCUUUUUUCCUCCCCCCCCAACCCCCGCAGACGCGAGCGAGCCGCGCUUCGCCCGAGGCGGCACCCGCGCGCGGCUGCACAAAGACCACACAGAGACGCCCUCGCAGUGCUGGAACGCCGAUCAGACUCGUCC